AAAAAAAAGGACUCAACACUCGCGCUGAUCUGGCAGUGCGUUUCUACGUUCGAAAACACCACCAAGGGGAGAAUAAAAAAUUAAAACAAUUAAAAAGUCAUGGGGCAAUCAUAUGAAUAACUUGUACGAGGCAGCAGCUUCUGUAAGAAAACGCUCGGUCUUGUUUUAUUUCAAUGUUAUAGUUUAAACUGAAAUUGAAAAAAAAAAACUGAACUUGGAAAAAGGUACAACAAGAAAAUAGACACAAGAAAAUAAUUUAAAUAAAAGAAACAGCUAUGUCAGCGUGUAUUUUUGUGGAUGGAGGGAGUUCUGAACUUGUUUUAGGUUGAUAUCGCAGGUUUUAACGGACUUGAAUAUACAAAUACAUCCAUCCUUACAUAUCCACACACUGCACGAGUACUUGUAUGGUCACCAUGCGAGCGUUCGGUGCGUCUUUGGGAUGUGUCUGGGUUGUCGCUUGCGGAUAUCUGGCGGCGUUGGGGAUGCUUCUUCAGAUGGCAGAGGCGGGGUGCACCGACCGAGCGAACCCCAAAUGCUGCACAGGGAGGAAUAACGAGUGCUUUGAAUUCACCAGGAGAAAGGCUGUUUGCUUCUGUGACACCUAUUGUCAGAAAACAGGAGACUGCUGCGCGGAUUACCAAGCCGUGUGUCAAAUAUCUGUGCAGAACGCGAGUGCCGGAGAGCUACGAACGGAGUGCUGUAAAGCUAUUGACUGUGUGGUUGGUUCCUGGGGUCCUUGGUCGGAGUGCAGCUCCCUGUGUGGCGAGGGCAGCAAAGAGAGGACCCGGCAGGUCACAGUGCCCCCUAGGAACGGAGGAACGCCAUGCCCGGACCUGAAGCAGAGGCGCGGCUGCUUCGGACACAGCCCUGUCUGCAAUGCUGCUGAAGAGGUGGCAAAGAUUUUGCCCGAUUCCUACAAAAGGAACUUCAAGGACCCCUGGAGAAGGCCACACAUCUUGAUGAAGGAAGUGAAACCCAGUUACUGCGUGCACUUCCGUGUGAAGCAGGCGAGCGCGGCGUGUCGGCUGGGUCUCUGGAGCCGUCCCCUGCUGAGGGAGAGGUCUGUCUGCAUCGAGUGCCAGGGAGAAGCCAUGGGCAGCAGGAGCCGCUGUGAGGGGGACGGCCUGGAAGCUACGAGGACGUUCUGGACUGCAGCCUCUGUCCCGGGCUGCCAGGGAUCGUGGGUGCGGGAGUCCUCUCGAGAGCAGUGCACGUGUCCGCAGCAUUCACUCAUCUUUGUAUAAGCUUGUCUCGCUGAAACCCACAGGACAGCUCCUGGAUGAGGAGGAAACCUGCCAGCCACCAAGGACUCAACAACAGCACGACUAGAGAGAGCAGAAGUAUGAAGGAAUCUUCUCUUCCUUCUGCACGCCUUCAUGUAAACCUCAUAUAAUAACUUUAUUACAAAGCACACAAACAAAACAUAGAUUUCACCACAUAAAUGUGUAUUUUUUUUCCUCAAAGCACAAAAAAAUGCCUAUAAGCCUUUUUACCUCUGAAACUUUGCUAUCUACCUCCAUAUAUGCAGAUGCAUUUGAAAGAUAUUUUCUACUUUUUGUUUUCAUGGUUUUGUGUAAAUGAUCCAGUUUCUUAGAAUCCAUUCCCUCCCGUGGUAUCAGUAUUUCAGCCUUCACAGACUUUGUGUAACUCGGUUAGAACAAGAUACCAAAGAUAAUGUGGUAAUGUUCCAUAAUCAGGAGUCUUCAGUUACUUCACAAUCCAGCAGCCCUCCAAGUACCUAUCACCAGGUUCAGCACUCAGUCCUGUUACCUCAAGAGAGUUCCUGAUAUUUAUAAUGACGUGCUCAAUGUCACAGUACCUCCAAACGCUCUUACUUUCUUCAUUAAUAGCCCAGCCUGAAGUCUUUUUGGGGAGCAUUAAAUAUCCCAUAUGGCCCAAUUCUUAAAAACAAAAAAUGUGUAAGACAUAUUGCAAUUAAAAUAUUAUAUUUUUUGCUUUGCUUAGCUACCUUUUAUUCUUUGUUUUAUAACUAGUAUUGUAUGUAUAUAUAAAAUAUAUCUAUGACUCUAAAGCACUAUGUGGUAAUUAUCCAUCACACCUGGCUAUACUCAGUUCAAACACUCCGUUUUUAUAUUCAUUAAGGAGAGCUAGAAUUCCAAUAAUAAAUUGUGCAUUUUUUGUUUAGUAUUGGUCUUUUUUUUGUAUAUCUACCAUUCUUUUUGUCAAAUAAAUCUACACUGUGUUUGUGUUUGACGUCAGGUCUUCGAAUAAUGAA